GACCUGAGGUGCUUCUGCUGGCAGAGUGGCCUUAGACAAGCUCCUUCGUCUCCGGCGUCCUUUCCCCGCGUGAAGGAUAAUUCCUUCUUCCCAGCUUUCUUUCUCUAUAAAGUGAGGGACAACUCCUUUCGGGAGAAAGAGAGACUCAGGAGGGAGGUUUCCAGAAGAGCUGCGUGGGGUCCAGUCCCUCCCGUUCAGAGCCUCCCCCUGGCCCUCAUGAGUUACCCCGUGCAUCUUUACCCCGAUCUUACUGCGCUCCUCUCGGACCUCACCUUCCUGUCCUGGGCCUGUGCUGCUGUUGCAGGUUUUACCUUCUUCCCCUCCAAGCUCACGGGACCUUGAGGUCAGGACCAAGUUCACUGGCCACCGGCCUCUGUGCCUUUCUCACGCAGCGACUGAUCAUCACCCACGGCCAGAACUACGUGUCCACGUGCUGUCUCUCUCCUAGAUUGAAGGGAACUCGUGCUCCGCAAGAUGGCCUGAUAUGAAGGAAUCACGCCUCCCCAAGCUGCCCUGUCCUUCAAGUGCAGGAGCCAGUUGAAAUGUCGGGAAUGGAAGCCAAUGCGACCAUCCCGAUCUGGCAAAAUAAACCGCAUGGGGCUGCUCGCAGUGUAGUGAGAAGAAUUGGGACCAACCUGCCCCUGAAGCCAUGUCCCCGGGCGUCCUUUGAGACCCUGCCCAAUGUCUCUGAUCUGUGUCUGAGGGAUGUGCCCCCAGUCCCUACUCUGGCUGAUAUCGCCUGGAUUGCUGCAGAUGAAGAGGAGACAUACGCCCGGGUCAGGAGUGAUACACGCCCCCUGAGGCACACUUGGAAGCCCAGCCCUCUGAUUGUCAUGCAGCGCAAUGCCUCAGUGCCCAACCUGCGUGGGUCCGAGGAGAGGCUCCUGGCCUUGAAGAAGCCAGCCCUGCCGGCCCUGAGCCGCACCACAGAGCUGCAGGAUGAGCUGAGCCACCUGCGCAGCCAGAUUGCUAAGAUAGUGGCAGCGGAUACAGCUUCGGCUUCAUUAACGCCAGAUUUCUUAUCUCCAGGAAGUUCAAAUGUCUCUUCUCCCUUACCUUGUUUUGGAUCCUCAUUCCACUCUACAACUUCCUUUGUCAUUAGUGACAUCACUGAGGAGACCGAGGUAGAGGUCCCCGAGCUUCCAUCAGUCCCCCUGCUUUGUUCUGCCAGCCCUGAAUGUUGCAAACCAGAACACAAAGCUACCUGCAGCUCAUCUGAAGAGGAUGACUGUGUCUCUCUGUCCAAGGCCAGCAGCUUUGCAGAUAUGAUGGGGAUCCUGAAGGACUUUCACCGGAUGAAACAGAGUCAAGAUCUGAACCGGAGUUUACUGAAGGAGGAGGACCCUGCUGUCCUUAUCUCUGAGGUCCUAAGAAGGAAGUUUGCUCUGAAGGAAGAAGAUUUCAGUAGAAAAGGAAACUGACAGCACUCAGCUCUGCACACUCAGUUUCCUGCUCCUGGAAUUCCUUCAGUAGCUGCCUUCCUCACCGCCGAUGUUUCUCUCUCCAUCAGAGGUUUUUUGCAACAGUCUUGCCGAAAGCUAGAGCUUGGACUGAAAGAGCUGGAUUAUAUGUUUCCCAUACUUCAAACCUUAGCAGAAGCUAAGGCCUGUUGUGAGCUGAGAGACUUGUUACAGGUAAAUGUAUAGAUUGGAAUGUUUUGGUCUAAAGGCUGAGCUAGAAGUUUCUGGUUUUUCCUUGCCCCUGUGUGAAAAUAGGUCCUGAAUGACUUACUUCACUGCAUAAGACCCUAUAACUGGUCUUACCGGACACUUUGUGCCCAGCUGUCACUUUCUGCUGCAAGAAAGCUGAUAAGAGUGAGAGCUCUCAGUGUUUAUGUACAUGUUCACAGGGCAGGAAAAAUCUUAUGCUGCGCCAUCACAAACCAACACCAAUGCCCAGCAAUCACUCUCUUCCCAUGUCUAACACCUAGAUGUAGAGGUCGGCCCUCUGGACCAGCUGACAUUUGGGCUGCUUCUGGGAGGCCUGGGCUGUUUUUUUCUUAAAUAUAUUUUGUAAUACUGUACAACCAAAUAUACCCUCCACGGCCCCAUUGACUGAACUCCUGCUCUUCCAUGGACUUUAGUUCAAGCCCAGUAGGAAACAGAAAUGGGGAGGGGAAAGAGAAUACCAUCUUUCUUUGAGGCCCUUGACUGCUUCUUGGCAUUGGACCACGGUUUGUAUCCACACCAUGCAUGACUCAGAUGCCCUCAGGUCCCUUUCUCUGCAGUAUGUAUCCCGUGUGUAUUUGGGUUGAAGUACUACCUGACAUUAAAGGAUUUGGCAAGAUACUGCA